AUGGCGUCGAUGGAGGUCGACCCCGCGCCCUUGCAUCGCCCCCCUGUGCCCGACCAUUCGCGCCCAGAGACGCCCUCCGAGGACGGCUACGUGCCGAAAAAGCAGAGAUUGCACGAGCUGUUGCGAGAGGCGCAGCAGCGUUUGGAGAUAGUCGAGAAGCGCGCCGACGCCAUGGAGUGCGACCUUGGUGCUUUGAGGUCCGAGCUCAAAAAGCUAGCCGAUCGCCACUCCGAGUCGAACGUGCAGAAAGGCACCCUGACCGACGGCGGCGACGACACGACGGCGCCGCGACACGACGCCAACGGCGAGAACGACUACGAGUGGGACCGCUUGACCACUGCGUAUUCCGAAGACGAGUUCUUACAGGACGACCAUGAGUACGACCACAACCUCGGGUUCACGCCCAACACGGUCCCGUGCCCGAAGACCUUGCCGCCGAUUUACCGCCGCGCGAUCCCGCUGCCCGACAUCGAGCCGAGCCACAUCAGGCGCAGUCGCAUCGAACUUCCCGAUGCCGCCCGUGUGGGCGGCGGCCCUGGUGGUGUCAAGAUCCCGCUCGAGGUCGGCCACUCUUACUUCAGCCACAGCUACGUUGGAGCGGAGCCGAUUCCCCCGUCAGAGUACUGGCCCCGCAUCGAUUUGCUCAUUGUCAAGCCGAGUGUGAUUCUGCCGAUUCGCCAGCCGUUCGGGGCUGACGGCAAUGAUAAGGAGAACCCGCAGAUCCAGAUCGCUGGUGGCGAUGGCAACCCCGCGGCCGUCACGCGCAGCAUCGCCGAGCUCUACAUCCGCGUCUUCUCGCACAUGCCGAUCAACGAGGUCAUCGCCCGCAAGAACAGCAGGGCUGCCCAGGACAGCACAUUCAGACAGCAAGUCCAAGAGGCGGAGGCGGCUUGGGCCAGCCGCGCCAACCGCACCUCGCUCGACACGGUCAGCCAGAUGGGGCAGGGGGACAACGUCUCGGUCGGUUUCGGCAGCAUGGUCAAGGUGAAGCGCAAGGUUGCCAUCUUGAACAGGCUUGAGUUCAAGUACCACCAUGACGGCCAGGAGCCGUUGCAGCGCUUGGUGCGCCACCACCCGACGAUGAUGCUGCCUGUUCGUGGUGCGACUUCUGGUGAACAGGAAAAGGUAUGGUUGUUUGAAGUAUUUCCUGGCGCACGCCGCACAAUGAGCUUCACCACCUUCCACAAGGUUACCGCUGGCUCGACCCCUGUGCGGCCAGAAGACGUCUUCUACCUUGGUCAGGUGGCGGACUUUUACAACAAGGGGCUUGCCGACCAGAAUGCUGAGUUCGACUUCGACGUGGUGGGCAAGGACCUUCCAACCAUCAACGACACCAGAGAGAAAUACGGCUUGCCCCCGAUCGACCCGCACCAGGCGGUUGGCAGCCACGACGCCCCCGCCGCUGAGUUUGAUGAGGCAACGCCGCCUGCCGCAGCGGCGCAUGCAGGUGGCGGCCUUGUUGAGAGCCUCGAGGCGGCGAUUGGCGGCGGCGGCGGUGCGCUCGACGCCUCCCUGGCCCUGGCCCCCGUGAUCCAGUUGCCGUCCGCUUUCGGCAAGGGCGCGGAUGCUGCUGGGGGUGCCAACAAGCGGAGGCGCGUGCAGAAGAUGCCUGCAGCCCCUCUGGAGGCGUCGCCUGGCAGCGCAGGUGACAUUGCCAUCUUGGAUGACGUUGCAUCGGUCGCGGGGUCUACUCAGGUCGGCAAUGUCAGUGCGACGGGCAGCGUGAGUGAUAUGCGCCAGGGCCCGUACAAGCACAUAUCGAACCUGAAUUGCGAGGCUGAGAUGCUGCAGGGGAACUUGGGGAACUUGCUGUCUCACGCCCAGAAGUGGGUGCGUGAAAAUUCUGAGAACGCCGCAAAGUGGGGCAACGGGAUGUCUGACUUGAAGUCCAGGAUCGCGAAGUUUGAGAUGGCACACAUCGUAUCAGUUCGGCAUCAGGACAGCUUCACGGACGCCGAGGUGGCGAAGGCAGUCAGGUACAUGAUCCACUUUGACGGGAAGCUGCCACCCGCUGUCAACCUCAAACUUUGCAUGAGGGCUGCGAAGAAGUCGAUGGGCCACGUACGGGAUGCAGCUACCUUCAGCACGUUCUUCGGCGAUUGUUUGCCCUUCGACCCCAGCUGCGACGACGAGUUCGACAGCGAUUCGCCGCGGCUGUGCGCUCUGGACGUGGAGGCGGCUGUCAAGAUCCACUCGUUCAUGACGUCGUUCAUGGACAGUUGGCUUUGCCCUAUCUUGCAGCAAGGGGACGAGUCGCGUCAGCUUUUCUCUGCCGCUUUGUCAGCGGCCCGCGAGAGGGUCGCCCUCGUUGUUGCUGAGGAUAUGCCCGACGAGUACAUGCGGUUCUUCUGUUCCUUGUCGGAGGCAUUCGACGCGCUGGCUUUUCUUACGGGCGACGCAUCUGCCAUGACAUUGGACGACAUUUCUGAGAAGGUCAAGGUCCACGUCGCCCUCUUGAGCGAUCAGAAGUCCACCGACCCGAUCGUGUCAAGGAUCGUGAGGUCCAUCAGCGCGACACCCGUCUACAUGGACUUGCUGUCCGACUUAUCCAAGGCGUCGCAGGGGAUGCAGUCCAUGGGCCGCCAGUUAGCAUACCUACAUUCGGCGCUGACGGCCGACGACCUCACGACCCUCAGUUCGACCGAGGAAUGGCGUAAGGUGCUCGAGUGCCACGGGAACAUCGCCAAAGACAUGUUGGCUAUGGUGGAUGCCCUUGGCUCGAUGUUCGGAGACGGCUUGAAGGGUCGGGCCCUCAUGAAAGCAGAGGUUGUCGUCAAGAGAUUUCUGGAUCGCGCUCAUCACGACGCUGCUUCGGAGGUAGAGGCGGAAGCGUUCAGCAAGAUGGUGUCGUACCAGCGUCUCGUGCGGCACGACUUGCCGUGCUUCCUCGACGCGGAGUCCGAAGCCGCCGACCUGAUCGCCUCUCUGAGGUCACAAGCAACGGUCGCCAGCUUCGCUAUCGCAGUCCAGGCUGCUGCCGAUGCGACCGACCUCACUCAGGAGAUCAUGGAGACCGCGCAGCGCGGCAUGGAGCAGGUCAGGGGCUCGGUCGCCGUCAGCGAGACCGUGCAGCAUCACUUGGAGACGCUGGCCGCCAGGUGCACCAAAAUAGCUAUCGACGUGUCCGUUCACAGCGAGGCGAUGCGCACUGCGGCUUUGAACGCGCUCGCUGCCGCCCUGGACAUCAUGCCCCAGAGCGUCAUCCACAAGGGUGUGGUGGACGUCCUCAGGCAGCACAAUGCGUUGGCAGUUCGCCUGGCGGAGUUCAAGGCGAAGCACGCCGCGGGCGACGGCAACGGCAUAGAUCUCGACGCCGCGUACCAGUGCGACGGCCUCUCAGGGCUGAAGGGGUGCACCACCGCGCUGUCCUCGCUCAUGCAGAAGGAUUCGUUCCCCGACGUCGUAGGUGAUGCCGCCUUGGUGGACAUGGCGGUGGUGCAGUGUACCGUCGCGCGCACGCUUGUCGACGAGGUUGCCAACUACGGCCUCAAGGCCCUCGUGCUGAAGUACCAGAGCGGCAUCCUGGCGGAGCUGGACGGACUCAAGGGCGGCCUGAAGAACGGCGCCGACUGGGUGGACGGGCUGUCCGCGUCAGGUGCCACGGAGAAGUGGGACAAGAUCAAGAGCGUGGGGGUGGCCACUUUGCUGGCCGACGGCGUCGCCGUUGGCCUCCGCAAGAAGGUCGCGGCAGCC